CGGGGUUUGAGUGAGCGGUUUAGGGCGCCACCUAAAGUUCAAGCCAAUAAAUGAAUUAUUAACGUGGUUGCGUCUUUUGAACUUGUGUGAGCUGAGCAGAGCAAGAAAGAACAAAAGUUGCUAAAGUAAUAAUGUCGAACAGUACUCGAAGUGUGCUCGAAAGCUCUUAUGAUAUCGGUCCAUGUGACUCGACACAGACUAGUUCAAUUGCAGAUCAGCUAAGAGCGGUGAAGGACAGAGAAAUCUGUAUGGUAGACUAUAGGAAUUGCAGUGUUCUCCAGUGUAUGACAUGCAACACAGUGCUUGGAGACUCUCUCGGCAUCUGCGGGGAAGUCCAGUGCCUGCAGAGUAUCAUUUGUUUGAAUGUUACUGAGGAUGUGAGGGUGAAUAAAAAGCUGGAAAUGAGUUUGAACAGUCACCUGGCUUCCUCCACCUACCAAAUUCUUCACUGUGCUGGUUGUCAUGGUACUAUUGGCCUGGUUCUUCACUCCACCCCAGAGCACCUGUCUGCUUUACGAAACCUCUUCCUUUUACGAAAAGAGCUGAUAAACUGUUACAUGUUAAGAAGUGGCACAUGUGUUAAAGCCUCCAAAAUCAACUUCAAACACAGACUCAUGGACAAAACUAUUAAAGAGCUGAAGCAGGAUUUAGAAGCUCAGUUGAAGCAGGUGAAAAUUCUGGAGGGAAUGAUGGAAAAAUUGUGCACACACAAUGUAGACUAAAGAUAUGUACAGCUUUUUUGUUGUAACUGUUGAAAUAAAGUAUAUAUUUUUGUA